CUUGACACAACCGCUGAAUAUGUCUUUGCCUGGAAGCUUGACGGCAGCUGCAGACCAUCAUUCGGGACAGUCGUCCGAGCUCGAUAUCUGCAACCCUAAAAUCGUUCAUCGCAAUCGUCUUCCAGCUCGCUCAUACUGGAUCCCGGAGAAGUCUCUUUUGCUGAAUGGCACAUGGGGCUUUGUAUACAGUCCAACGCCUAAGCAUGCACCUCAUCCUAGCUUGUACUCCGAUGGCCUUAGCAGCCUUGUAGAUGCUCUCACGGUCGAAGGCGAAGGCCAAACUGCAGACAUCAAAUGGUCAUCCAUCACUGUUCCAGGACACUGGCAAUUGCAGCAUAUUGACUUUCUUAGGNGCUAUGGCAAACCACAUUACACCAACACAGUUUACCCCUUCCCAGUAUGCCCACCUUAUGUGCCCACUGAGAACCCCACGGGAACAUACCGUCGCAACUUCUUUGUUCCUUCUUCGUGGUCUGAGGAUUCCCAAAUUCGUCUUCGAUUUGACGGUGUUGACAGUGCUUACCAUGUCUACCUCAACGGCCAGAAGGUCGGAUAUUCUCAAGGCUCAAGAAACCCUGCCGAGUUCGACAUCACUAAUUUUGUGAACCGCGGAGAAGAUGUCAAUCGUCUCAUCGUCAACGUUUUUCAAUUUUGUGACGGCUCAUACAUCGAAGACCAAGACCAGUGGUGGCUCUCGGGUAUCUUCCGUGACGUGCAUCUGAUAUGCUUCCCGAGCAAGACCCGGAUUGAAGACGUCUUCAUCAAGACAGAGCUUGAUGAAAACUACCGAGAUGCGAAGUUGAAUAUUGAGCUGGACCUUACGAUACAUGAGGCAGUCGAAGCAAUGCUAUCUCUGCGAAGCCCGAACGGCUCUUCCGUCAUCAAUGAGAAAAUCCAGCUCUCUGCUGACUCCUCUCACAGCCAACACGUAUUUGCUGUGUCGAACCCUGCCAAAUGGACUGCAGAGGCACCGCAUCUUUAUACAUUGGAGAUCAAUCUGCUGGAGUCUAACUCCGACACUCCUGUCCAGACAGUGAGGCAGCGGGUUGGUUUUAGAUGCGUUGAGAUUAUCAAAGGAAACAUCAGUGUCAACGGCAAGCCGAUCUUCCUCAGAGGCGUCAAUCGCCAUGAUCAUCACCCAUUGUUUGGUCGAGCCGUACCACUGGCUUACAUGAGAAGAGAUUUGAUGAUCAUGAAGCAGCACAACAUCAAUGCUCUGCGUACUUCUCAUUAUCCCGCAAACCCAAAGCUAUACGAGCUCUGCGACGAGCUCGGUCUAUGGGUCAUGGACGAAGCGGAUCUUGAAUGCCAUGGAUUCUUUGAUGCUGUCGAGCGACCCCUAAACUUGCCUCCAGACAUGGGAUACGAGGAGCGUAAAAAGUACACCUUCGAUAAGGCAGCCAAAUUCACCAGUGACAACGAAGACUGGAAAACUGCUUACGUUGACCGUAUGGUGCAGAUGGUAGAAAGAGACAAGAACCAUCCAUCCAUUAUCAUGUGGUCUCUUGGCAAUGAAGCUUUCUAUGGCCAAAAUCACGUCGCUAUGUACGAAUGGGCUAAAUCUCGGGACCCAGAACGUCCGGUUCACUAUGAAGGAGACGUCAACGCAGCAUCUGCCGACAUGUUCUCCUACAUGUACCCAUCAAUCGAAAAACUUAUCGGUCACGCCACAGAAGAAGGCGAUGACUUCAAGAAGCCCAUUGUACUCUGCGAGUAUGGACAUGCCAUGGGCAAUGGACCAGGUUUACUAGAAGAUUAUCAAGCAGCCUUCCGCAAAUACCGCAGACUCCAAGGUGGCUAUAUCUGGGAGUGGGCGAACCACGGUUUGCUCAAGACCGAAGGUGACAAGCAGUUCUACGCCUAUGGUGGAGACUUCGGCGACGUGCCGAACGAUGACACUNUUGUUAUGGACGGACUUCUGUUCAGCGACCAUACACCAACUCCUGGCUUGAUUGAGUUGAAGAAGGUCAUUGCUCCUGUUCGAGCUUGGAUUGAGGACAAGAAGUUGGUGAUCAAGAACGAUUUCGAGUUCAUAUCCUUGAGCCACCUGAUUGCUGAUUACAAGGUCGAGGUUCUCGGUAUACGACCUGACCGUGUGCUAUCUGGCCCCAUCCAGCUUCCUCAUAUCGACCCUGGCACUGAAGCCAAGAUCGAUCUGCCUGAAGAAAUAUUCGACGUUCACCGACCCAACGGGACAGAGGUGUGGUUGACUGUUGACUUCCGCCUCGGUGUUGCGACUCCAUGGGCCGAAGCCGGCCACAGCAUCACAUGGUACCAGACCAGACUCUCUGCCAAAGACGACGACUACACCUACGGUAUCGAGCGACCCAUCAUGUCAAGUGCCAUCACCGCCAACGAGACACAACUGCACUACCGCUUUAUCGGUUGCGACUUCCACUUCAACUUUUCUCGAGCCAGAGGAACAUUGGUAGAGUGGGUAUAUGGCGGCAGAUCAGUGCUCAAGAAGCGCGAAACACCAGACGACCCUCUACUAGCCCUCGGCUUCUGGCGCGCACCAACCGACAACGACGCCGUAGGCAUGAGCAAAGAAUGGAAACGCUACGGCCUCGACACCAUGACACCCCAACUCCGCAACUUCUCGCUUGAAGACAAUGGCCCGGACAAAGCUCGCCUAAGCGCUGUAUACUACUACAGCGCACCCAUACUAGCCUGGGGCUUCACCGCAAAACUAACCUACGAGAUCUCGUCCGCAGGCCAACUCUCCAUCUCAGUACACCUGACUCCUCAAGGCAACACUCCCUCCACCCUCCCCAGAGUAGGCUUGAACCUCCAAUUAGACUCUUCCUUCAAACAAGCAACCUGGUACGGCAAAGGCNCCUCCGAAUCCUACACCGACAAAGCAACUUCCCAACAAAUCGGCAUUUGGAACUCUACAAUCCAUAACUUACAAACUCCCUACGAAGUGCCUCAAGAAAACGGCAAUCGUGUUUCUACACGCUGGGUCAAGGUGUUGAAUGAACAGGGUCUGGGCAUAAAAGCUACGUAUGUUGCUGGGCCAAGGGAAAAGGAGUUUUUCCAGUGGGCUUGUUGUUUGCAUGAUGCAAAGGUGUUGGAGGAAGCUAGACAUCCUUGUGAUUUGGUGGAGAGGGUUAGUCCGUUGUGGAGAUUGGAUGCUGAUCAUGCUGGCGUCGGUACUGCGGCUUGUGGACCCGGUGUCAAGAAAGAGGAUCAAGUGGAGUGUAGAGAGAGGGAGUUUACUUUUGUGCUCGAACCUGCUAUAGACUUC